AUAGAAGCAGUAUUAGCACAUCCAUUCCCUGGAGCUUAUGCCACCAUUCAAUAAGAUAGUGGCUGACCAGCCCAACCCAUAACUUAUCUUUGAGCCAGCUCUGCUAUGCUAGAGAAACACAUUGUUUUAUUUCAAAUUAUUGAUCAAUUCAUAAAUAUGAUAACUCCAAUAAAGUGGUAAUUGUCAAAUUAUUGGUCAAUCCAUGUUAAAUAAUUAUUCUGAUCAACACGUUAAAUAUCGAGUUAUUAUUUGACUGAAUAAAUGUAAAAUAUCAAUGUUCAGUUCAUUUAAUUUGGCAAAUGUAAAAUAGUUGUUUGUCCCAUUAUCUGUGGUAACUGUCAAAUUAUAUUUCACACCAAUGUGUACGUUAAACAGCAAUUCUACACAAAUGAAAAUGGUAAAAAUAUUGUACAAAUGAACAGAUGCUAAAUAUCAAAUUACUGUUCAUUUUAAUAAAAUGGAAAACGUUAGAUUGUUGUUAGUAAAAAUAGACGUGGUAAACAUCAAUUUAUUGUUCAGAAGAGUAACCAGACCGAUGAAUGCAGCUCAACAGCCAAUUCCUUUACAUAUUUUUGUCUUUGUUUUCACUAUCCCCUCUUAAGCAUUCCAUAGGGUUACAAGCGUUCCUGAUAAAGGGCUAAUGCCGGAAACGUCGAUUCUCCUGCUGCUCGGAUGCUGCCCUGACCUGCUGUGCUUUUCCAGCGCCACCCUCUCGACUGUAGUCUCCAGCCUCUGCAGUCCUCACUUCCUCCACAGGCCGACAAGCUUCCACGUGACAUGACAGCACUCUGUCAGCGUCUGCAUAUUGUCCGGCCCCGCCCACGUCCGCCGCGCGCCGCGCCUCCUUUGGCUUCGCGCAGAACGCGUUUGAAAUGCCGUGUUAUGCGCUUGCGCGGAGCCGGUGGCCUGUUAGCUUGGUGUCCGUGUUAUCCUGAGAGGAGGGAGGACGGAACAACAAUGGUGUCCGACUGAGGUGCACGCGCGUGUGAAAGGGUCUGGCGCAGGACUUAGCCUAAAUCCUGUAUAUAGGAUCACCAACAGUGAGGCAGAAUGAUGGGGAAAUGCUUGCCAAGUCUUCAUCAAUUCUACAAGGAAUUGUUGGCAGAAGAGAGGCCCAGUGAGGACAUUCCAAAGCUAGCAGCUUUGCUUUCUCCCAGUGUUUGCAUGGGUGAUCCAAACAUUUUUGGUCCUACUAAUGAAUCAAGUAAUGAGACUUUUCGUUUCUCUGGGGGCACAGUAUCUGCAGAUAGUUACAGCAUGCUGCAUGAUAGCAACUCUACCCCAAAUGACAGUCAGAAUGAAAUCUCAUUGAUUCAGAUAUCACUGAUUCAGAUGAUGUGUUCCAAAAUACAUUCUGAAGAAUUGAAUCAAGAUGUCAGAGAAUCAUACAUGAAGACCUUAAGAAUUCUAUUGGAAGAUAUGAAACUAUUAUCUAAACUGGUUUUGCUGUUUGGCUACCCAGACAAGCUGUUGUCUCAUUUGGCUGUGAAGGGUGUUGCAUCAUUGAUUCUUGUUGAGAUUCUGGUGAUGGAUCUAUCUGUGGAGAGUUGGAUCAGCAGUUAUCUCUACGCUCUGUCAGAAGACCCUGGAAAUAGCCAAGCAGCUGAAUGGGUGCAAACAAUUACAUUUGUCAUUAAAGAAGUCUUAAAGAGAAAGUCUCUGAAUAAGGCAGCGAUCAUAGAGAAGUUCCUCACUCCAAUGGACUCUGUGUUUAGUGGUUUGUAUUCCUUCAUGUUCACCUCAUAUUCUGAUGACUGCCAAACAAUUGGAGCUACAACUGGACCUGAUACCGAGAACAUUGCCACAACCAAUCAACUUGUAUUUGUAGAUUUACUUGAAAUUUUUGUCAGUAUUAGAAUCCAGCUGAAAUUAAAUUUCCCUUGUCUGAGGAUAUUAUACCUGCGAACCUCACAAUUGCUACAGUAUGUUGUUUCCUCUGCUCAUUACUUAGUUAAAAAGAGGCUGCUUAUGCUGCUAAAACAAUGUUUUCUUUGCCAUGCUGGUGAAAGUAAUGUGAAUGAUUCCUCUUGUGCAACAUCUGAGCAAGAUAGCCAUAUGCAACAUGACUUUCUGGCUGUAUCGAAUGCAGUGUUACAAGCUUUGGUGUCUGGUCAGUUCAGAAAACUUGCUGUUAGUCCCAAGCCAUGUUUCUUUGGAGGCAAUGAGAUGGUUGGUGUUGUAGAUUCUAACUGUGGACCAGACCUCGUGAUGAUAAGGGCUGUUUGUCUAAUUCUAAUUAAAGCCAUGGAGAUUAAGGUGCAAACCAGGACCUUUGAUGUCACAGAACAAGGCUGUCUAAGAGCUGAGCUCCAACCUUGUGUAUCGCAGUUGAUGACAUUUCUGAGGAUGCAUUUUCGAUGCCCUAUACGUACCCAACAGCUCUCGCAUCCAUGUGUUUUGGUUUCGCUAGUUUUUGGUGAGCAGGAUGAUGAUAUGGUGGAAGCUGCCAGAGCACUACUAACCAUCUAUAUAAAUUGCUACAGGUCUUUGGAUAUCUAUCCUCAGGAAAAAGCAAACAAUUCUUGUGAAGCAUGUGAACAUUGCUUCAAUCCCCAUUGUAUCUUUCUCCUGAUUUUACAGAGUUUAGUAUUUGAUCAUUCUGUCCUGCUGGAUUUUCUGAUUUCCACUGAAACCUGCUUCCUGGAGUAUUUAGUGAGAUAUCUGCGACUUCUUCAAGAGGACUGGUGGUUCUUCUGCUGCAUUUGUGCUCAGUUUGAUGAAGCUGCUGAUGCUGAAUCAUUUUGUUGCUCUGAAAUAAAUGAAAUCUGUGAUGACUUCAGUCUCAUUCCUCAUGGAGAACAAGACAGAACCAACAAUCAAAUUGUUACUGAAAACUCAAAAGAAGCAGUUGUAACUCCCACAACACCAUACUUUCUCACACCUGUGAGGGACCUAAGAAACAAUGUAGACACUGUGAAGAGUAGCAACUCAGGACAACUGAUGAGCAGUAAUAGGCCCUGGCCAUGUGAGCAGCCUCGAAGUCUAGUGGAUUAUGAAAGUUCUGAGGAUUCAGACAAUGAAGUAAUGGAAGCUUCCUGCUUAAAUAUCCUCAGCCUGGACACAAAUCAUGGUAUUGUAACGAAUAACACAUUAACAAUUGGUGAAACAGUGAAACAAGAUCCUGAAGCAAUAAGCAUAAAAAUUGUAAGAAACCCAAGAGAAAUAAAGUCACAUAGUUGUGAAAACAACACAAAAAUGCCCCUGGAACGAAUAUUCAAGAAAUCAGUGAGUUGUUUGACUGAAUUGAGAAAAACUAUUAGCCGUUUGCAGAGAAGAAACCUUUUUCCAUACAAUGCAACAGCACUGCUAAAACUGCUUGUAGAUGUUGAAACACGGAGCAGAAGAGAUGAAUUAAUCCCUGCUUGACAGACCAGAGUUUCCUCAAGUGUUAUCUUUUAUUAAUCCAUAAUUCAUUCUUGCAAAUAAAUGUCAAUAAGAAAUCUGAGUUUAAAUCAAAUGAACGGAAUGAAGAACAGGAUGUGAAAUUUGGUUGUUUAAUCUUUUAUAUAUUUUAAUUUUAAGUGACUUAAUAGACAGUAUUAGAGAUACCACACUGAAUCUCUGAACUACCUAAGAGUUUCAAUGUGAAACAAAAACAUAAAUCGUGUACUGUUUAUAAUUUAUGACCUAACUGUAUGGAAUUUGGUAUAAUAAAUCUCAGAAGAAUAAAAACUAGAACUGCCUUCUCAU